GUGGUGUUUCUACAGGAACAAAUUAAAUGGAACACAGCACGUGACGUUCUGUUUACUCCAAACAAAAACAGCUACAGUGAGUUUGCUGUAGCUUAUAUAAAACUGCCCAUGUUGGUGAUCGUUGCCUCUCGGACAUCGCGGUAGCUCAACUCGCGGAGAACCAUGGAGCGAGCAGCCAGCGUUAAUGUAGAUCCUCCCCAGCAGCAGCAGCAGCAGCAGCAGCAGCAGGAGGCCGGUAGGAUCGGUGGCUCAGCCGCCUGUCUGUCAGCCCUCAGCCAGUCUCUCCACCUUCGGGAUAAAUCUGCUUCUCUCGGAUCUCUAACACUCCGUUUUCUCUCUUAUGUCCAGAUCGCUGCGGUAAAUGGCGCAACUGGAUCGGCUUCUGCCUCCUUGGAUUAUGCAACAACUUUGGUUAUGUGGUCAUGCUCAGCGCGGCCCAUGACAUCCUCACGAAGCAAGAUUCAAAGAACUCUACUGCAUCUGCCUCAGAUAAGUUGGCUGUGGACAGUAGCAACAGCAGUGGCUAUGACUGCAGUCCUGUCACCACAGGGGCUGUGCUGUUAGCUGACAUUCUUCCAACCCUCAUCAUCAAGCUGUUUGCUCCCUUUGUGAUCCACAAAGUACCCUAUGGUUUUCGAGUCCUGUUUUGUGUCGCCAUGGCAGCAAUGAGUUUCCUGCUGGUGUCCUUAUCCUCUGCUGUGUGGAUAAGUAUUGUCGGAGUGAUCUUUGCCAGUAUAAGCUCUGGCCUGGGAGAACUGUCUUUCCUGUCUCUCAGUGUCUUCUUCGACAGGAAGGUGUUGGAAGGCUGGGGCUCUGGGACUGGGGGUGCUGGUGUUGCUGGUGCCUUCCUCUAUUCAGGCCUCAUCCAGGCAGGUCUCUCACCCCGGAUCACACUACUCAUCAUGCUGGUUGUCCCGCUAGCAAUGCUGGUUAGCUAUUUUGGCCUGCUGUCUCCGGUACCUUCUUUACCCCAGUGGAGGAGGUCGGAGGCAGAAAAUGCAGCUGUGGAUUCCGAGGAACGGGAGUGGCUGAUGGAUGAGUCGGAGGACGAGGAAGAGGAAGAGGAAGAGGAGACCACAGCUCCUGACGGUAUUGUCUUCCCAUUGAAUGUAACAGAGGACAGAACCAUGGGACCUGUGACCCCCAGGGAGAAGCUCUAUGUCGUCAAAGGCCUGGUACGCUUUGUUGCUCCUCUGGGACUGGUCUACUUUGCUGAGUACUUCAUCAACCAAGGCUUGAUGGAACUCUUGUUUUUUCACAACUUUUUCCUAUCGCAUGCAGCGCAGUAUCGCUGGUACCAGACCAUAUAUCAGUUUGGCGUUUUGGUGUCCCGAUCCUCACUGUGUUGCAUAAAGUUCAGGCGAGUAUGGAUCUUCUCUUUGCUGCAGGUGGUGAAUGCAGUCUUCCUCCUGUUUGCUGUGCGCUUCCAGUUUCUGCCCAGCGCCUGGAUUGUCUUUGCUAUUAUUCUCUAUGAGGGUCUGCUUGGUGGAGCGGCCUAUGUAAACACCUUCUACUUCAUCAGCAAGGAGACUGAAAGCAGAUACAGAGAGUUCGCCAUGGCAACUGCCAGUGUGGGCGACAGUCUGGGAAUAGCUGUGGCUGGACUUGUAGCGUUUCCCGUACAUAAAUACUUCUGCUCGCUGUGACGAAGCUCGCACCCUGACCAGCAGGAUGAAUAAGCAACACGGUGGAAGAUUCCAUAAAAAACAUUUCCUCUAAAACAAUUACUUAAUGUAACCCAUUCAUACAAAUCCUCCACUCUGUACACAGAAUUCAUCUUGGAUUCAUCAAUACCUGAGAAGGAAACAUUUGACACCCAAAUCAGUAGCAGUGGUUCCCAAACAUCUCAGCUCCCGCCCCAUAAACUAAGAGUGAAAUAGGCUCAGCAUCCAGACUGACGGUUGAGUGAAGAAGCAUUUCUUCUGCGUCAGUUAAAGAGUAGCAACACAAUCAACAGCCAGUAUAUCAGCUUAGAUCUGCCUUUAUCCAUUUGUAAAUACUGAUUUUUUUUUUUUAUCUCUACUGACAUUUAUAGCAGAAAGAUGCUUUACUUUGAUCGUUUUCAUUUAGUUCAAUGUUUUAAGAUGAUCUCCAGAUCCCACACUUUAUGAUUCAUGGCUCCAGAUGGGAUACUGACGGCAACUUAGGGAACCACUGCUUUAUACUGUCUAACUCAUAAGACACAUUCCUGGGAAAUAAGAGCUUAGCCUUAGCUGUUUCAUCAGAAUCUGCUUCAUGUCAUCCGGUGUCAGUCAACCGAUCAGAAACAUCAUCUAAAAAUCAUCAUGAGGCAAAGAGCUGUCCUGAAGAGAACUCAGGGUACUGUAAACUGGAACAUUCAUUGAAAUGGAUUUUAAUUAAUGUGAUCAUCUUAAAUAUCUUUAUAUUUAACUGCUACCGCUGGACUUGGUAGUGGAGGGCCACUGGGCCCUCUGACCACCGCCAGCAGACAAAGCUGGUGAAGUGCCUUGCCCAGAGACACGACGGCUGAGACGGUCGGAGCAGGGGUUUGAACCAGCAACCCACUGGUUACAGGGCAAACUCCUUGCUCCGGAGCCUCUGUCAAACAUAUAUUUGAUCUGCUGCAGCUGUACUGACCUGUGGAUCAGCAGAUAGUUAGAGAUGUCAGAUAUGCACGGGUAUACUGAUGAGGAUCUCUAUUCCUGUUGUAAAAGAUUCUGUAGUGAAAAACGAUGCGCAUGAAAAACCUUUUAUUGUCCCCAUUUUUUAAUGUGGGAAAUUAAAAAAGGGAUUUACACUGAACAGUCAGGAAGUCAUGCUGGAAGCUCGUCAUUAGAUCAGUUUUACAGUGCCUUUAAUGGGUUUUAAUCAGGGUUUUGUUUAAAGAAAUCUGCCUUUAUAACCAUGCUUAGUUUCUACUAAAUUCUUCAUGAAGUCUUUUAUUGCCGCAUUAUUCAUUGUUAUAUAUUUUCUUUUCUUAAACAAAUCGCAGUCUUUUGUCAAAACAUUUGGGAACUUUUGUAUGUGUGGUGUGACCAUCUGUGGUCUGAUUGGAAGAAUGAACCUACCAAACUAUGACAUACUGUUGUGCUUGUUGUUCUUUUUUAAUUCAGGGUACUAAUAAAGCAGAGAAUUAAAGGGAGUGGCUAAUAAACAUUCCGAUCAUUCAUUGUGAAUGGCAAGUGUAGAAAGUUUAUGUGGGUUAGUUUUAGUUAACUAGAAAGCACCAUAUUCAGGGGUCUGAUUUAUGAAGCCUACAUACUCAUAAGACAGUGACUAUAUCUUGCUUACGUCACUUUCCACACAAAGGUAGCGAUCAUCUAUAAAGAAAAUCUUGGUGUCAGAAUGUGCGGUCCCUCACGCACUCUCUGGCUCGUUUUGGAGACGGGGGACACAGGCCACACAGAUGGUCAAGUGGUGAAUUGCAGCCAGAUGGCAUCAUUGUUCCUCUUAGUCUUUCAAUUUCACUCCAUAUCAGACUUUAAUCAGAGAUCGACUUUCUCAUAAGCAUUCCAAAGCACAGUGUUGUUCAUGCUUGCGCUGAUGAGCCAUAGCUGUACAUAAGGACCCUUCAAAUGCAUGACAGUGCAUCUCUCCUGGCCUCCUUCCUCCUCAGAAUGAUGGAGUCACACAUGAAGAUGUCAGGCGACGUUUAAGACAGCAGUAAGAUGAACUUUUAACAAGUUAUUUUAAUGUAGACCACAUCUGUGCUUUUAUCUCUGAUUUACACAUUUGUUUAAGGCUUUUCUGGGACAUUCUUCAUACUUUGCUCUUUUCUCUGUGGCUACCAUUGGUAACCAUAAAGUAACAAUCAGCUGACUCAUUUAAAUACACAUUAACAUUCACGAGGUGCUUUGCCUUGACCAUAUAUGGUUGGAUCUGGGCAUGUAGAGAGCAGAACCUGGUACCAAACGAUCAGGUCUUACCGGCUUUUAUAAAUCAGGAUUUUUUUCGACGUAUGCCAUUCUGGGUUUUUGGGCGUUGUAUCACCUUUAAUGUAGAUCCUGUGCUUUAUAAAUGAGACGCUUGACCUUUAAUGAGUCCAAAUCUCAUGUUUUUUUUUUUUUGUUUGUUUAGUGAUGAGCAUACAAAUUGUUUAUUACUGACAAGAAAACUGUAAAACAAAUGUUCUUUAUGCUAAUAAACUUUUUUUGCCCUCUGUUUUUUUGAGGAAAAUGGCGUCUCCAAAAUGAAAUGAUGUGCACAUUCCUACUGACAUGGAGCUACCAGAUUAAGAUGCCAUAGCUGACAUGUCUAAUUUUUGUCAUGAGUUUAUUUAUGUUAGGCUUGUGUUUUUCUUGAUUCUGAGUUAUGUAUGAAUAAAGAAUGUUUUAAUUUUC